AUGGAACAAAACAUGCAGCCAUCGUUGCAGGCGAAGCCGCAACCCGCUCCACUGUUGUUCACUGACUAUCCUCAAAAUCAGAAUGGUUCUUCAAUCUCCAGCGGGCAAGAUACGUUGAAUCUGGCUGACGAGAUUCUACCUCCUGCACAUACCAACAGAACGCUGGUGUUGUGUUUUGAUGGAACCGGUGAUCAGUUUGAUACAGAUAACUCGAACAUCAUCCAGCUAUUCAGCAUGCUCGUCAAGGACAGUCCCGCUCUGCAAAUGGUCUAUUAUCAGGCCGGUAUAGGAACGUACACUAUACCGGAAAUUGCUACACCCGCGAUGGCCAAGCUUUCCAAGACUGUUGACAUGAUGAUUGGGAAUCAUCUCAACGCUCAUGUGAUGGGAGGAUACGAGUUUCUCAUGCAGAAUUAUGACGCUGGUGAUAAGAUAUGCAUAUUCGGGUUCUCAAGAGGCGCAUACACGGCGCGCGCGCUUGCUGGAAUGAUUCACAAAGUCGGACUUUUACCCCGCUGCAAUCAUCAGCAGGUUCCUUUUGCCUACAAUAUGUACAGCCGUGAUGACGAAGAAGGCUGGGCACUAAGCUCUAAAUUCAAGAAGGCCUUCUCCAUCAACGUGGACAUCGAAUUUGUUGGUGUUUGGGAUACCGUCAGCUCAGUAGGACUCAUCCCUACACGACUCCCAUUUACGAAGGCGAACGACAGUAUCAAGUACUUCCGUCACGCAAUUUCUCUUGACGAACAUCGGGUGCGCUUCAAGCCGAGUCUUUGGAUACGCGCGAACGAGGACCACAAGAAGUGUGGUGUUCAACGUGAACACAUGCCUCGCAGCUUCAAGAAGCUUCUCCCGAAAGUACAGGAACUCCACAGUCGAAAUAGCCCAGACAGCGAAGCAACCAAGAAGUCACAUCACCAUCACGAGUCUCAGGAUCAAAUGGAACAAUUAUUUGCAACUGCAGACGCGGAUCCCAUCAGGGAGACGGACGUCGAAGAGGUUUGGUUUGCUGGGUGUCAUUGCGACAUCGGCGGAGGUUCUGUCCCGAACGGUACCCGCAAUAGCCUAGCUCGCAUACCGCUUCGGUGGAUGGUUCGAGAAUUGUUCAAGCUUGAUAUCGGCAUCAUUUUCCACCGGAACAUGUUCACAAAAAUUGGCAUGGAUCCCAAGACGCUCUACCCUGUAUCCGUAGCUAGGCAGCCUCGACCUCCUCCAAUAUAUCAAACUCCGCCUGCCCCAUCUCCUGGCUCGGGGAAAUUGACGAUCAAGGACCGUUUGACUCCAAAGCCUCAAAUUGUCACCGAUGAUCCUGCGAUGAUCGUCUAUACGGACGGUUCUGCAUUCGUGAGUGAGGAACAUGAAGACUUGGCUGACGCUACUUGCCCGAUGUAUGACCAACUCCGCCUUGCACGUUAUUGGUGGAUUCUGGAGGUCGUUCCACAAAUGCUUCACUACCAGGAUGACAAGAGCAACAAUUUGAUUGACGAGUAUACGAUCAACAUGGGGCGCGGCCGUCACAUUCAGCGCCAAAGCCAUGGCAUCAAAUUCCAUAGGAGUGUCAAGAUUCGCAUGGAGGCGGAUAACCUUACAGGUGGAAAAUACUGGCCCAAGGCGAAACUAAAGGUGGAGCCUCAAUGGAUUGACUGA